AGAAUGAAUCUGAAUUGCAGAUUAAAGGAUUGUAUUAUGUAUUAACUAUGAAGUAUCAUGCAAUGGCUGUUCUUCUUCAAUCAGAUGCGGAAUGGUCGUUACAAAUUAAUCAGUGCCGAUGCUUGCAUCGUAGUGAAGGCCAGACAUAAGGUAAGGAGUCGUACUAUGUUUAUUCUUUGACUUUGUAAUGCGUGAAUUUCGAUCUAAAUUAUAAUGACCUAUAACCAUUCAUGUUCGAAUUUGCGAUUACGUUAUUCUAAGUGACUUAGUUUUAAAGGAUGCGGAUUGCCCAUAUUACAAGGAAAUAAGACAUUAGAUCCAUGCAUGCUUUGGUAGAAUACCAACAACUACAAUAAUUUUGUAUUUUGUACAAUUCAUUCAACGCAUGUUGGGAGAGCUGCGUUAAAUAAUGCAUUCCUUUUGGUAGUAAAUCUGAUACUUGUCACACUUCAGCUUUGUACUUACCAAGACUGGUAUACAGUAGCAGAAAUAUCAGGUUUUCUAUGUUAAUUUAUAUUUCGUUUUUCGGGGCUCAAUUCUAAUCUUGCUGCAGGGAAAAGGUUGCAUUGAAAUACGAAAGCUUCGGAUGGAUAGGGAUACAAAUAUCUGAAAUAUACAAGGAGUACUUCGACGUUUCGAACAGAUACGCUUCGUCGGCAAGUUACAAAUGUCGCUACCAUGCUAUACUCCCUGACGAAGGGCCUUCGCUCGAAACUUCGAAACUUGUGUUUUUAAUUUUUCAAAUAUAAAGUUGUAUCGUGUCAAUCCGAAUCUUUCUUAUUAUUGGCAAGGAUUGUAAUGAAAUAUUGCCAGAGGCCAGAGCUGCGUAGUUUACACUGCGAGUCUUGGCCUCUCUUGAGUCUUGAGUUGGCCUACAAUUUGGUAGUGACUGUAUAAGAGUCUCUUGCUUGAACUAACUGCCACGAUAGGCCGUAGAAUAGCUUGGCAAGCUCCCAACCCCAAAAAACCUAGGUCGAUAGCGAUGUACUAUUUUUUUGCCUAUUCAUAUCUUCGGUUCCGUAAAAUAACGUUAUUUUGAUGAAAAUAUCACCGUUCGAUUCAGUGUAAAAAUAUCUACUAAUUCCUAACGCUACUUUUCGACAAUGUCAACAUUAUAGCGAUUUAUGAGCUUUGAAAGUCAAGUGAGAUCGUAUAUUAUCAAAUUAUGCAAUUGUCCGGCUGAACAAAAAUAUAGACUAGCCAUACCUUUCGACGAAGAUAACUUUGACCCCUUUGGACGUGUAUUCUUUGUAAUAGUCUUGUUCGAAUCGCUAUAAACAGCGCUAUUUAGGGUGUCAUUUGCGAGACUGUAUCUUCAAAUUUUGAUAAAAGUAUCACCGCCGGUAUUUCCAUUUCUUGUCUGAUUGUGAGUUAAUCCCACCCGGAAAUACAUUUAAAAAUGUCAAAACAAUGCGACCUUUGUAUCGUAUGAGUUAGGAAAUAUGCCAGCAGUCGAUUCUACGCGUGAUUUUGACGUCAUCCCGGCUACAGGACUAUUUUACAUACUUUGACUAUUUUACCAAUCCUAGACUAAUUCAUCUUUGCAAAAAUUGUGAUAUUACUCUUCUAUAACUGUGUUUAUCCUACCAUAGACAAUGUUAAGUUUCCUUAGUGGACGACGGGCUCUCUUCAUGCACAUGAUCCCGUAGCGUGAAUCAAACCCACAGACUCAGGCAGUCAGGGCAAAUGCGCUUGCUCUCACGAACGACUACGCCACCGAAUCCCGAACUUUUAGUCCUAUAGAAAAACAUACAUACAUAUACAUAAAAAUUUAUUUAAACACGUUAGCCCUAACAUAUUUUGAUGGUUUCCAUAGGGGACGUGUAAGAAUAAGACUAAUACAAAUACAUAAUACAAACUAUUUACAUGAUUAUUAUUUUGACAAUUAACAAACAUAAAUAAAUAACAAACAUACAAAAAUUAUGCAUAAUGCAUAAUGACGUCACAAGUCUGAUGCCCGCGAGGAAUGCUGGUCAUCUUCAUAGAUAUAGGAGAUCUAGAUUGCUAACGCAUACCUAGCGCAGGCGGGGCCUACAUGAUAAAUCCAAGAUGGCGGUACAACAGGGCAAAAAGACUAUAAAUUCUAUUACGAAAAUCAGGAUUUUUGCAUUUUUUGCCGUAGCAUUGUUUUGAAACGUAUUCGGUCAAAUUUUAUGGUAAAGAGAAAUUUACCGCGAAGAUUUUUAGCAUAUAUAUGAUUGCAUUGGAUGAAAACUCGCAAAAUUAUCCAUCGAUAAAAGUUUGUGUAUAGUACUGAUAUAGUCCAAUAUAUGUAACUUGUACAGUUUUGCUUUAAUUUUUGCUCACUAUUUGCAUAAAAAGCAAAUUAUAACAGACCAUGGCCAUAGAUGAUAGACCCUCAUCCAGUGCUCUCAUCAGUUUACUUCUCUAACAAGCAAGGAAAGGGGGGGGGGGUACAUAACAGUUUAUUUUGCAUAAUUAUGAGGACAGAGCAGAUGAUGAUGAGAGAUGCAAGUAUAAAACACCAUUCACAAGGCUAGAUAUUAACAUAGCACAGUAUUUCUGGCAAUAAAACGCUCCAACUGACAAACUGACCAUUUCACACGAACUUUUAUCGCUGGAUAAUUUUGCGAUUUUUAAUCCAAUUCAAUCAUAUAUAUGCUCAAAAUCUUCGCGGUAAGUUUCUCUUUACCAUAAAAUUUGACCGAAUAAGUUUCGAAACAAUGCGACGGAAAAAAAUGCAAAAAUCCUGAUUUUCGUAAUAGAAUCUAUAGUCUUUUUGCCCUGUUGGACCGCCAUCUUGGAUUUAUCAUGUAAGGCCCCGCCUGCGCUAGGUAUGCGUUAGCAAUCUAGAUCUCCUAUAUCUAUGGACGUCAUCUCCCUGGAAAAUUAAACAAUUCAAAAUGGCCACUAUCGAAAUUUUCCCGGGCGAUGACUACUAAGACCAGCAUCAAGCCUUAUGACGUCAUUAUGCAUAAAGUCUAUUGGAUGAAGUGCCUACAAACUCCUCUAACAUUAUAGCCUUUUGAUUGCAGGGAUUACUAUGGCUACCGCCGUAGCAGGAAGCUUGCCUGCAGUGACUCCACCUACAGUCAUCACCGACGAUCAACGAAGAUGGGUCGUCAUUGGCAUUUGUCUCAACAAACUUCUUACUCCGCUAUUGAGAAAUGUUCUUGCAAAAGAAAUGUUGGGUUGGUAUAACCUACUUUGCCUCCCGUCGUCAAAGCAAAUCAACAACCAAAUUUACAAAAAAGAAACAAAAACGUUACCACCUUCCACGAUAAAACUGAAUUACGGUAAUAUCAACAAGAAUUAUGACAACCACAAGUUAACAUAUAAUGCUUAUGAUUAUAAUGUCAAAGAUCCGGAAUCUCUUGCCAAGUUAUUUGUCCAACCUUUCAUGGCAAAGUUCAACGGCUUUGACCAAACCAUGGAUCUUUCUGCUGUAUUAACAGUGAUGUGUGAAGCUGACCCAUUUCACACAUCUGGAGCUGCUGCACAAGCAAAUACAGUUCGUUCAGUGGUGAGGAACGAAUGGGCUCAUUGUAAUUUUUCACACUGGAGCGAUGCAAAUUAUCUCUCGUGUAUACAGCAUAUCGAGACACUGGUGAAGAAAUUAAAUUUGCCAAGUGCUGACGAAAACGAAUUUCUUAAAGAACUGAAUAACUGGAAAGACAAAGGUAAUUUUCUAUGUAUAAUAUUUACAUGUAUAUUCAGCAGAAAAUUUGCCAGAUUUGCAAGGAAUGUUUAUCUAAAAACUAUCCACAUCAAAUUUGAUAUUGACACGCUUAAUCUACCUCUUAAUCAAUCAGAUGCGUACUGAUCCAGUAGGGUAUAGCGCGGUAGUGGUAGUGGAAAUCAAAUUAUAUAUAACCACUCCAUAACAUAUCUUAUAUAGCCAUGUAAAAUAAUGCUGUAAAGUGAACAGUCUAUGAUUUACUAGGCGGGGAAAAGUUAGAAAGUUAAUGAAGUUUCAGUAAAUUUAUGUAUUCCUAGACUUCCUACACCCAAUAUUCCCCCGUGCAUUAACACACCUGAACGCACUAUUAGAGUUUUCCUAUAGUUUAUUCUAUAAAGUUAGUUUAGGAGAUAUUACAUGGGAAUCAAUUUUACACAAAAUUCUCCUAACAUAUAAUCAGUGAAAUCCGCGCAUAUACUUAUUACAUGUCGCUUAGCAACACGUUUGUCAACAUAACCCGGGAAGGAGCCGAGCAAAAUAAUGUUACAGUUUUGAGAAAAUUUGUUUAAAACGCUGGAAAUACAGUAGAACGAUUAGUGAUAAGCAAACUAAGUCGAUAAGAUUUUUCAGCGUCUGGUCUGCCGGAAUUGCCAUGAAAACCGUGGAAUACAUUGUAUUGCUUGAAAUUAUUGUAUUUUUUCCUCCGCUGAAAAUAUAUUUGACAGUUCCUAUCAGAGGUAUUAAAGGUACAUUCUGAAUCACAUCAUUUCUGAUAAAUUUUGUAUUUUAAAAACUUUAUCGUUUUGUUUAUAUUUGUGGCUACAAAGCGGAGCAGGAAAAACACAGAAAGACCACAGUGCAUUUUUGCAUUAUAACGCAAGCGCAUUAGCCAAUCAAAUUGUAUGUUAUAUCGGCCUUAUAUUACAAAUGGGAUUCAACAUCUGCUUGAAUUCGGAUGCUCUAUUUUAUCAACAUUUUGGCGUUUUUGAGACUGGACAUAAAUUCAUGCAAUUUUUGGAAUUAUGACGUUGAAGUACGUUAAUUUAAAUAACUUUAAAGUUCAAAAAAUGUACAUUAAAUUCCUACUAAACGUUUUGCCCCGCCGUUAUCGGUUUAAAUUUCAAAUAAUAUAAUAUACAGUUAAUUAAAUUGUAUUUUACGUAAGUAAUGCGUUCUGCGAUGAGGUCUUGUGCAUGUAAACAACAUUCUUGUUCGGUUCUGCAUGUGCUCUUAUAUAUGUUUCGUCUGGAGUGUCAUGAUUUCAUUCUGAAUUUCUUCACCUUGGGUGCGAAUUAGCGCAUCAUCUGCGCCAUUUACAGUAUAUUACAUUUCCGGAAAGUAUAUUAUUUCCUAUUUUCUGCUCGAUCUUGGAGUUUUUUCCUCCAUAUUUUCUUGCCCCUUCCAAAAAACACUGCUCCGAUAUGAUAUUGUUCUCUUGACGUUGCAGCAAAACCCGUUGUGUCGUUUCGGUACCUACCAAAUUAUAUCUUUUUGAUUGAUGAGUCACUGUAUACAUUGUUGAUCCCGUACAUAAAUUGGAAACAUAUCUGGGGAUUGACAUCCUCGCACGUGUUCACCGGCCUCGCUGACAAGGGCAUAAUCAUCAUUUGAUUUUUUAAAGGUCCGCAAUUGUGCUGUGGUCAUGCAGUAGACGCUGAUCUUCUUAAAAUUGUCAAGACUAACGUGUCAGAGCUUUAUGAAUCUGUGACAGCACUGGAAGAAGAGAACCAAGAUGCACAGGUACCCUGUAUGAUGGAAAUAUUUAACUCCAUUCCCAAACAUGUCUAAAUACAAGAUAAUACCUUAAUUAGAUUUCUCUUCAAGUUCCUCAAUGUCAAUCUUUUUCUAGCCUACAUAUGGAUGCCAUGCUGACUUUUUUCUGAGCGGACUGAAAUUAAUAAUAAUAAUAUUUAAUCCGGGGGUUCAUGUCACCAAAUGUGUUUUUCAAUUAUAUAACAAUAUAUAUAGAACAGAUAUUCACAAUAUAUAAAAAUCUCUAUACAAUGUGAUAGAUAGAUAUAUUUUUAUUAAGUUCAAAAUUUUGCAGCCUUUUACAUAUCAGCUGAGUUAUACUCGAUCUAAAUGACAAUUAGUCAUAUAAAUUAGGACUGUUUAAUUUGUUUACUUUGUACUUAACAAGUUCGAUCUUCCCGUACUAAGAUUUUUAUUAAUUAAUUAACCUCCUAUGAGAAGGAAGAUUUCUUAAAGUUCAGUGUUAACAACAUUUCGUUACGCUCCAAAUCUGUAUUGAGUUUUGAUUUAACCUCACUUAACAUGGAUGAUGUAUAUAGUAAAUGACAGUAUCGUCUGCAAGGACUAUUACUUAGCAAAAUUGGAAGCAAUGAGGCAGAUCGUUCACAAAUAUAAUAAACAGCAACGUUGCAACGGUCCAAAAUACUUCCUUGUGGUACACCAAAGGUACUAGCUCAUCAUGAAAGUUUUUUUGUAUCUAUCAUCGUGACAUUUAAUUAUUACGAAAGUCACAGAGCUGUGGAAUCGCAUAAAAAAUUCGUAUAUCGACCACUCCCACAAACGUCUACGUAAUAUUUUUGCAUGUUUACAAUUCUAAUAUUAAACAGCCAAUAGACGUUUAAUUGCAAUUGUUACCAAGAACCUUAUUGGCUGUUUAAAAUUAGAAUUGUAAACAUGCCAUGCUAUGUAGGCGCGGUCGUAGACGUUUGUGGGAGUGGUCGAUGUACGAAUUUUUUAUGCGAUUCCACAGUUCGGUGACUUUCGUAAUAUAUUGAUCUAAUAAAUAAGACCAAAACCAGGUUAUUUGACCGACCAGAACGAGUUAGUUUAUGCAGCAGCAGUCCAUGGUCAACAGUGUUUAUACAGUGUCGAACACUUUGCUUAGGUCAGGGAUAGCAGCUUCUGUUACUUUGCCUGCAUCUAUGCAUGGAGGCCAGAUAUCUAUCAUCUAUUUGCUCGAAAACCAAACUGUUCUUUUGCAAGGAUCGUUCUGGCAACAAGCUAGAUAUUCGUAGAAAGUAAACCGCGCGCUCGCUCAAAUAUGCUGUUGAUUGUUGAAAAGAUCGUUAUCGGCCUAUAAUUACUAACAUCCGUCCGAUCUCCUUGUUUAUGAAGUGCUGCCACUCUCCCGAUUUUCAAGGGGCUUGGCAUGGACAGGAAGCUAAAGAGAGCGAUCGAUUGAAAAUUGUCGUUAUAAGUUUGGUAAAAUAUUACGGGUGCAGCGUCUUUUGACAAGCGAGUGCUGGUAUGAUUCCGUUUGCCUUACUAUUCGUUUGGAGUCUACGCAGUUGCAUUUUGACAUAUUCUACUGGUAUGGGCUCAAAAUCAAAUUUUUGUGAGUCACAAAUUUCAUUGCUUGACGCUACUGGCGUUGCAGUCCGAGUAACAGAUCUAAAUUUCUCCGCCAGUCCGUUUGCGAUAGUGCAAAAAUGCUUGUUAAUUAAGAAUUUCUGAUAUUGAUUGUGCAUUCAAAUGUAACAUAACACUGCCUGAAAAAAUGCAUUUAGGAGAAUAGGAGUUGAUUUAGCAUUACGACCAGUGACUUUGUGUCUUUGUUUAUACUUUUCCAAAGUCUAUCUGGCCAACCCUUGUUUUUCUCAAUUGGGUCUCUAUAGUAUAUGUUCUGCCAGCCUUUGCACCGCUAAUAUUGAGUUCGCGUCCCAAUGUAUGUGUCUUUACAAAAUCUAUACGAUGGGCUUCAGUUCCUGCAAUAGUAUAUCGUUUGCUUUUCUUUUUUGUCUUUAAGGAAUUCUCAUAUACUCCUCCCUAUGUUCAGCCGAUAAUCUUGUAAUAUCUUCAGGCCUCAUUGUUCAUUCGUUGUUCAGAUGUUAGGGGAAGUAAAAUUAUUAUGCCGAGGGGGGGAUGAAGAUGUUAAGGGGGGUACAGCGAAAUAUUUUCUGGCAUUAAAGGGGGGGUCUCUGAAAGUUCUCGAUAUACUGAAAGGGGGCUCUAAACUUUUCAAAGUUUUGGCACCAGCAAAUUCAAGCUAAAAUUUUGACAAUUUUAGGUUAAAUUUGCGUAAUAAAGUAAUUAUUUUUUGUGAAAUGAUAACCAUUUUUGUGAAAUACAGUCAUUUUACAUGCAAUUUUUUUGCGAAAUUGCUUUAGAAAACGCCAGAAAUUCAGUCCUAGAGCUUCAAAAAUGUAAAAAUUUUCUGGGGGAGAACCCCCAGACCCCGCUUUCCCCCAAAACCUAGUAUGAGAGUGCCAAUCAAUCACGAAAAGCUUUAUUAUAAUUAUUACACGUAUAAUUCUCCGACAUCCCCGCCCCCAAAUGUCAGAUGCUUUGCUACGUCCCUGAUGGUUGUAUUCGAAACGAUAGAUAUCCUUAAGAUAUCCUUAAGAUAUGCUUAAGAUAUCCUUAGUCUGCUCUUCUAAAUGGAUACAUGAAAUCGCCUAUAGCUUAUUUUAAAUUUUUUGGCGCCGGCCAAGUUUGUGAAGUAAUUUACACGCCAAAAAGUAGCAAUUCCAAAAACAAAAAAGCAUACGAUUUGUAAGAAUGAUAUGUUCUAUGUUUAUGGGAUAUUUAGUACAAUUAAACUGGAUGAAAAUUAAAGAAGCAUACUGGCUGACAGGGGCGGAUCCAGGAUUUUUCGUACGUUAGUCAAAGUUUUCGGAUGUACAAUCUAGUUUUGCGAACGGCGAAUGCACGACUCACCUAGGGGGGUCUGCCCCCCAGAAACAUUUUAUUUUUAAACGCCAUUUGCAGCACUCUGAGACUGAGAGCAGCUUCAACAAAAAAUUAACCUCAUGAAAUGGGAGAUAAUUGUAGUAAUUAUCAGUUUCACUGACUCUCACAACUCACUCCUUAGGGAAAAGUAAAGGAGACGUAGUUGCAGAAAUGUGAUAAUUGUGGAAGAUGUUUCAUUUUAUCAAAUUACGGAUUGCUAGAAUUAUGUUUAAAUAGCCUUGUUGAGUCAUUGACCACUUAACUGGCGAGUAUGACCUAUCAGAGAAUGGCAACUUUCGCUAUUGAGGUUCGCUAUAGAUUGUUGAAAACUUUGACAAGUAUAAGUGCAUUAUUUAUUCGGGUAAGAUGUUGAAAAUUUUACUAUUUAAGCGGCCCACAAAUAGUAAAUAGAAAACACCGGUACCCGUUUGUCUUACCGCGGGGUUUGUCUUACCGCGGGGACCAUGUUUUACCGCGGGGAAACGGGUAGAAAUUACGGGUAAAAUGCUGACAUCAGCAAAAAAUUGGUAAACAAAAUGGCGAUACUCGUACCCGUAAAACGGAACCUGGGUAUCUUAACCUCUCUAUUAAUAGCCUUCCGAGUUCUGACGGUCCUUCAACCACACAAAUAUGCAAAUUUGUUGUGAAAAUCAAAAUUCAUAGCUAUACUGUAAAUCUAAAUCAAGAUACGGGGCGUAUAUAUUUACAUGUACAUGGCGCGCAUCUUGUUAUGCGAAAUGGAAAUAUUAUUAUGCUAUCUAAAACGAAAUAAAAUUUACAUAUCGCAUUAAUUUACCUUAUUGCACUUCAGAAUAAAGAUCUCGGCGCCAAUAUUCUACUCAAACAGUAGUUCGUGCUACUCGUGGUAUCUAGUAACUGCGUCGAUUUUCCUCCCAAGGUCAGUGCAACAGUCUUGUAAGACGGCCAAAUCAUUCACCGCAAAUGCGGAUUGAACCGUUUCGUGAAUACUAUAAGGACUGGAGCAAGCAGACAUUUACGAAUUUUCCGUAGAAUUGUAGACUCUUUGAAUAGAAUAAGAUUCGACAAAGCUCCAACAUGACAUUUCGAAUGAGCGCGCGCUCGGAAAUACUUUACCAAAAUAUUAAUGAUAUUCCAACUAAUUGGGCGCCCCUGACGUUUGUAAAUCAGUCAGAACUCCCCACAUGCAGAUCAGUCAAAAUUGAAAUAAAUCGCCAUUGUUUCCAUGGAAAUAAGCGUCUAGACCAGUCAGAACACUGGAUUUUGACUUUUUGACUGAUCGGCUUUGCGUAUGUCAGCUGUCCAUUGACUUGCCUAAGCUCGUCGGCUCAGCCACUGUAUGAAAUUUGAUCACUGGACUACAGUUCGAUUGGAAUGUUACUUUUAGGCUGAGCCGACGAGCUUAGUCAAGUCAAUGAACAGCUGACAUACGCAAAGUGAAUGAGUCAAAAAGUCAAAAUUGCUAGAGCUGUAUGAUAAUAGAUACUGGACUGUUAUAAGGUGUCGCUGCAUGAUUUACUGGACUAUUGGUCCAAUAUUUAAGACUUCGAUUACUUCAAUUAAGUUUGCAAUUUUUACGUUAGUCUCGUGACAAGUUUGACGACCCCUAGAUCCACCCCUGUCGUCAGCAGCCAAUCAAAUUGAGCGAUUCAUCAAAACAAACGCUUGAACUGUAUAUUCGCCUAUUCUUGUUAUUUAUAUAUUCCUCAAAUCGUAAGAGGGAAUUAAGAUGUUCUUAUUGCGAGAAUAUUUUAUAUCGCAUUUUUUCCAAUUUUAAUGUCAUGCAAACAUUUUGAAAACUUUAUAUUAUAAUCCCCGAAGCGAAGCGCCGUGCUAGGGUACUAAUUCCCCCCGGCUAUUUACACCCGGGGAAACGAAAGCAUUAGCGAAGUCUAAAGUUUAUCAAAUAUCGCGGGCGUGGGUCACCAACCGUGGGUGGUCAUCCUCACUGAUCUCAAAAAUAUGGCGGACUGUCAUGAAUAGCAAACACUGUGAUUGGUCCAAUUUAAAGUUUGCAUUAUAACGACUGCAUGACGACAGCGAAAUAGAAAACAUUUCUUUAUUUGAUGAUUGAUGAAUUUCUUGCAAAUAUAUUUCAUUUUUGCUCGCAUUUUUGCAAGAUUUUGUAAAUUUCAAGAAAGAAAUGGCGAAAGAAUCGGCUAAAAGAAGGGAGCCGACGUUAACGAAGGUAAGUUUGUUUUAAAUAUUGAUUUUAUAAUUGCUUUAAAUUAAACCCGACGGCCCUUGCGUAUAUGAAACAACUAAACAAGACAGCAUAUCGGGCCCCAAUUCAGUGUAUCUUUAAUAUUGAUUCCCUUUUUUAUUAUAUUGAUUUUUUUUUAAAUAAAAAAGAAAACAAAGUUAUUUGCAUGGUAGAAUUUGAAAUCAUUUUAUUGCAAACUCAAAGUUUAUCGAUAAAGCCAUUUCAUUAAAGGCAGUUUAGUUUUAUAAAGAACACUUUAAAACGUUUUGCGAAGCGUUUGUGGUUGAAUUUUACCUUAAAUUGAAGCUUAUAUUACGUAUAUUAUCAUACCUAACAUAUAUAUGUUAGGAAAUUGAUAAUUUUGUAAUUAAAAAUGAUAUUUUUAAGCGAUUUUUCAUUUGUAAGAAUAUUCUUAAAAAAUUAUCGUGUUACCAUGGCAACUACUUUAGAUACUUUAUGUACUAUUUAAAAAACGAGCGGGAGUGUUUUAUUAGGUUUAAAGCCACGAGCGCGCAGCGCGAGUGGCUUUAGACCCAAUAAAACACGACCCGCGAGUUUUUUAAAUGACUUCAAAAACGUAUGCAUAAUAAGUCAAAUCUUUAUAUAAAAAUCUUUAUAUAAAAAUCUUUAUAUAAAAAUCUUUAUAUAAAAACCUUUAUAUAGUUUGCAUAACAAUGGUCUUUUGUUAAAGUGUUCUUUAGCUGGUAUAAAGACGUAUGCACAUGACUAAUUUCUUACUCAAGAUUGGAUAAUUGCUUCAUGAAUUAUUAAUUGAAGUUCAUAUAUAAUUUUUAUUUCCAAUACAAUACACACUCGUAUUGCUUUUAUUCCUUCUAGGUGCAAUUGAUGGAGAAGUUCCAGUCUGUUCAACAGUUUUUCGCCAAAGAAAUACAAAAUGUCCUGGAUAAUCACUCUGCCAUGGGAAAAGAUAUUGAAGAUCUAAAAGUUAAUUACCAAACAACGUCCCAACAAUUGCAAGCUUUACAAAAUGAAGUGGCAAAACUUUCUAUAGCAUACGAGAAAAUACCUUAUCUUUUUAUGUUGCCUGACAGAACAGAGUGGUUCUCCGGUCGAAUUUCUGAACUAGAAAAUCUUCACACACUUCUUCAGAUCAAUGAUGAUAUCAAUGAACCAAGAGUUCAAAUUGCAUCCGUGUGCGGGUUAGGAGGAAGUGGUAAGACGAGCCUUGCUGCGGAAUAUGCACAUCAAUGGGAAGAUUAUUAUGAAGGAGGCGUAUUCUGGUUCUCUGGCGAAGAUGAAACAAGGUUUGCUAACUCGGUAGAUGACCAUGCGGUGUAUCUUGGAACAUUAGUUGAAGCAUCAGCUGGUAGAACUCUUCUUAAAACCCUGGAAGAAAUUUCCAAGAUUCAAAAACCUUGGCUACUUGUCCUUGACGAUAUGGAUGAAUUCAAGCUUUGCUCCAAUAUUGGAAUGUUGUUGUCUGGUCCGUGGAAACGCAGAGUAAAAGGAUCUGGUCAUAUCUUGAUAACUACAAGACGAGAGCCGAAAGUAAUGCGUGAAACCGUUCGUGGUCUCAAACAGUCCCAGUGUCUUCAGCUCGAGUGUUUUAAUUUAGAAGAUGGAAAACUUUUCGUGUUUAGAAGAACUGGGAUUUUUUGCGACGAGGAAACGUCUGCUAAAGCUGCUGACUUGGUUGAAACUCUGGGGGGACUACCGCUUGCCUUAGAACAAGCAUGUGCGUACAUCAACCACCUUUCUUCCAGUAUGUCCGAGUACUUACAACAAUACGAAAAGUACUCUCUCGAAUUGUUAGAUGAACAAGAUGCAAGUUCUGCUUCCAUGUAUGAAUCUCGAGAACGAUUGGCAGUGCGUACAACAUGGCUACUCAACUUUGAGUAUAUUAAGCAAAGUAAGAAUGGCAACUUUGCUGUUAGAUUUUUACACGCAUGCGCCUUUUUCAAUCCUGCUGAAAUCCAGCAAGACCUUAUUAAUCCUGGAAAACCUCCGAUUGAAGACAAUGCCUACCAAGAGUACGUAGAUACUGCGCUAGGCUCAUCACACAUAUUGAAGUUGCUUACUGAUUUUUCCUUAUUCAAGAAAAAUAAGCGUUCUUCUCUUACUGUCCAUCGCCUGGUUCAAGAGGUUAUUCGAGGUAACAUUUCCCCAGAAGAAUAUGUUUCGUCUUUAGUUGAUGCAAUACGCCUUCUAAGCUACGCUUUUUCAUUCUCGCGUUCCCCAGAUGAUCUUUUAACCAGCAUGAUCAAUAAGCAUCAUGACCGAGCCUCUCUUCAGACAUCUGAUCCAUCUCUUUUCAACAAGUGGCAUAAGUUGUGCUUACAUGCUCAUGAAGUACGGAAGCUUCUGUUAGAUUUCUUAAAAACAUCUCAGCUUUUAGACCAAAGAAUCGUCAUCCCAGAAACAGCCAGGUUGGUUUAUGAAUGCGCUCUUCAUCUUAAUGUUGACAGCAAGACAGCUGAAGCCAAAGCAGCUGUCGACUUUGCUUACAAAAUCAUUCGCUUGGGAGACACCCUUUUAACAAAGGACGAUUUGGCCACUUUGUUUCCUCACGAAAUACCUUUGCCGGAGUUGGUUCGGAGAGUUAUUUCGUAUUCCUGUGUCGCUCCUCGUGACACUAUAAGUGUUUCUUCCGUUGUAGAAGAGGAAGAUAUCAUACCAUUUUCAGACUUGAAAGAACAAGAGAACGCUUGUAACGAAAAGCGUGUAGAAGGGAAUACUUAUUUCCAUGAGGGUCACUUUGAAAAAGCAGUUGAAGUAUACACUUCUGUGAUAAACAUGAGCAAAGGCAAAAGUUCCUUUAAUCCUACUUUUCUUAGUAACAGAGCUUCAGCUUUCAUUAGGUUGCACAAUUUUGGCGAUGGUUUAAGAGAUGCUGAAGAUUACAUUUCCCAUCGCCCUAAGUGCUGCAAAGGCUAUGCCAAAAAAGCACAGGCAUUGCACGGGCUGAAAAGAUUUUGGGAUGCAACUUGUGCUGCAGCGUUAGCAUAUUAUUACAACAAAGAUAUCUUCAGCAGCUUUGCGCCGUUUAAGCAUUUGUUCUAUUCUUUAAAGGAUCGCAUAUAUAUUUGUCGUUCAAGUACUUCUUUACUUGUUUCCUCCAUUUUGCAUUGCAAUUUCCGUUCUCAGAAAGAGUCUGAAUCACCCCGUAAAAUAAUUAUUUUUGAACCAGGUGAUUAUACAUUCCAGAGACAAAUGUAUAUUUGUGAUACCGUAUUAAUUGGCGUGGAGGACAGUGGAACGAAACGGAUUCCUCUAUUAUCUUUUCAAGGAAGUGUUGGCAUGUUUUCAUCUAGAUGUAUAAUGGCGGUGAACAUUUCUUUUGUUUUUGAUACAGGAUGCUGGGAGACCAAUGAUGAUACGGAUGCAACCUUCGUGAAUUGUAGUUUCACAAAUAACGCAGGUCAAGGACAACAAGCUUUUCUCUCUUCAGGAGCUACAACUUUUACCAAUUGCCAUUUUGACAACUGCAAAGAGGAUGCUUUGCGUGUUCUGGGGAAAACGUUUGUCGAAAAAUGUAUCUUUUCAGCAAACGGUGCAUUUGGAGUGCAAGUCUCCUCGGGUGGCGAGUUAGAAAUGAAGAAUAGUAAGCUUCAUGGCAAUAAGUUGGGAAUCCACAUGGGACCAGAUGCUGGGCGUUGUUGUGUCAUUGAUUGUGAUAUAUACGAUAACCGUUACCAAGGAGUUGUGACGUUUCGUAGUUCCAAUAUAAUUCUCACUGGUAACCGCAUCUAUCAAAAUGAUCGACAUGGCAUUAAUCUUGAAGGAGUGUCGUUUACACAUAUUGAAAAAAACGAAAUCUUUGAGAAUUGCUGGCGAGGUAUUUCCACAAUGGAUAAUGCCAGGUGCAACGUUAUUAACAACAACAUUUAUCGCAACAAGUAUGGCGGUGUAUCGGUUGUACCAAUAGGUCCUGGCCCUGAAGAUCGUCAUUCUAUUGUCGAAAGUAAUAACAUUUUUGACAAUGGUGGACCCGGCAUUCACGACGAAAUGGUGUUUAGAGAUCAAGCGUAUAUACCAAGAGAGCAGACACGUAGAGAAUACAUAUAUUUUCACGAAAAUCGCGAACAAAUGAGGAAAGCGAAGUUGAAAGGAAACAAAGAAAGAAACAAUAAUAAAAUCAAUCAUGCGCGUUCCGAAAACGAAGCGGAACUGUUAGAUUUCUGUGUACUUUGUGGCGAAAAGAAACCGUUACAGAAAUGCACAGGAUGUUAUUCUGUUGGAUAUUGCAGAAAGAGGUGUCAAAAAAGUGACUGGAAAAAACACAAAAGCGUAUGUCCUUCUUUGCUGCAGGAAUCUAGUAUCGUCGUGAAUGUUGUUCAAAAGGGAAGCUCAUUAGGCAAGCCAUCCAAAGAUCGUAUAAUCAUUGCUUUCAACCAGCAAGCACCAGGUCUUGAUCCUAAGGGACCAGAAUACGCCGACCCACCCAAAUACGGAAAACGAUUUAUAGUGAAAGUCCAGGCAGGAGAUUCAGUAAGACAGUCGAAUUUAGGCAGUUCAUUACUUGUUGUUUACGAUCGCAGCAUGACAGUUCAUGGUGAUCUAGAUUGGAAACAUUGCCCUCUUUACCACAUUGUACAACGGUGCGGUAAACUUUCUCAUAGUAUUGGAUGGACAAAAAUGUUCUUUUGGGGAACGUUCUGUAAUCCAGACGAUUAUAGCACACUUCGUAUUUUUACGAAAAUGCUUCCACCAUACCAAAAUUGGUAAAUUUUCAGGGUACUUCAGUAACUUUCAUUAGUCUUUAAUCAUCUUGUGAUUACAAUUUGAAUAUUUUAUACAAUUGAGAACACAAAUUUUAAGCAAGGUUAAUUGGUAAAGGAAUUGAGAAAAAAGUUCUUGAUAGAUUCCAUUCAUACCACUUUUACUAACCAAUUUGGAUGUGACAAGAUUGCACAUUAUAUAUAUAUAUAUAUAUAUGUAUUACAGUACUGUAACUUCAAAAAGAUAUACUCGUAGGAAAUGUUUGUAAAUAUUAUUUUUUGUUGAUGUUAUAGUAGUGAAAAAAUGUUUUAUGCCUAUAUUAUGCAGCAAACCAAACUCUAAUCAUCUGUAGUAGCGGACUGGAUAUCUUUCUAUAUCCUGUGGUGGCCGGACAUUUUGCCGAAAGACAUUUUGCCGAAAGACAUUUUGCCGAACGGAUAUUUUGCCGAACGGACAUUUAAAUUCACCUGAUGAGUGUGGCAAGCAUUGCUUGUCAUACGAAACAAGUUUGUAGUGAAUAAAUCUUAUAUAUGAAGUGAACGAGGUUUAUUAUAUCAUAUUAGCUCUAUACUUCGGUAUAUCGAGCACUCUAUAUAUAUAUAUAUGUGUGUGUGUGUGUGUGUGUGUGUGUGUGUGUGUGUGUGUAAUCAUAAUCAUCAGGUCUCGUUGCUAUUUCUUUUACAUUUUUAAUUGUG